AUGUCGCGGUGCCACCGCCGCGCGGGGCAGCGCCUCCUGCAGGGGGCGCUCUCCAACGGGGGCCUGUACGUGAAGCUGGGCCAGGGCCUGAGCGCCAUGGAGCACCUGCUGCCCCCGGAGCUGGGGGGGGGCCUGCGGCCCCUGGAGGACAUGCUGGUGCGGCGCGGCCCCGACGGGCGGGCGCAGCUGGUGCUGCUGGACCACGGCUUGUACGAGACCCUGAGCGAGAGGGACCGGCUGGCGCUGUGCGGGCUCUGGAGAGCGAUCGUGCUGCGGGACCGCGAGGGCAUGAGGGAGCGGGCGGCGGAACUGGGGGUGCAGGAUUAUUUCCUCUUCUGCGAGAUGCUGAUGCAGCGACCCCUGAGCCGCCACUCGGGGCGGCUGAGCGCGGCCGAGCGCGGCUACAUGCGUGGCAUGGCGGCGCGGCGCUUCCCGCAGGUGCUGCGCGUGCUGCGCGCGCUGCCCCGGCCCAUGCUGCUCGUGUUCCGCAACAUCAACACGGUGCGCAGCGUGCACGGCGCCAUGGGCGCGCCCGCGGACAGACACGGCAUCAUGGCGCGCAGCGCCGUGCGCGGCUGGCGCCGCCUCCGGGCGGGUCCCGGCGGGUCCGUGUGGCAGCGGCUGCGGUGGGCGUGGCUGCGGUUCCGGCUGGAGGCGGCGGCGCUGCGGCUGCUCGGCCGCUGGGGGGCGCUGCCCGGGGCGGAGCAGCUGCAGUUGCUGCUGCGCGCCUGA